AUGGAGGCGAUUAUACUCGACGAAAAUAUGGAACUGGCUCCUGAUACUGCCAGAUACUUUGAUCCCCACGAUGAUAUCGAGAUAGACCUGGAUGAGGUGGGCGCUCCGAACCACGACAACGACGUGAUUGUUGACGAUGCGUCCAUGGCUGGGUCAGAUCAGGCAGAGAUCAUGGGAGGGACACACGAACCCGUGAAGGACGCAGACAUGGUGGACGAUAGCCACGGAGCUCAACACGUCGAAGAUAGUCACAAACAAGCCGAAGAGGAUUAUCAGUUUGUCGACGAUGCACUAGAUAUCGACAAUCAGUCCUACGAGAUGGAGGAUGAUUAUGAGGAGGAUAUAGAUGCCCCGAUCCCAGGCACGGGCGUGAUGGAACCUGAUUUGCCCGGUAACGGUGUCCCUUCGGCUGAAAUGGCAGAAGACGGUUAUAAUGGGCUGGAGGAUGAGCCCACAGGGCCGGUUGAACCAAGUGUUCACCCCGAAGUGACUGAACAGAAUGUGUCCUCAGUGCCCAAGGAAGGGAGUGAAAAUUCCGGUAUACUUCCAGCAGAGGAGCAGGAACAGGUCCACGAGGUAAACCUUGGUGCCGGUGAACCGGACCAGGUUAACAUUACUUCCGAUGAGCAGCCCCAAAAUGCGGAACAUCUCGAGGCUGAAGAGCCAGUCUCUGGGGUAAAGUCUCCAGUUAAAGAAAUAACUCCGGGGACUCUGGAUGAGGGCAACAACCGCGUAACAGAGGAGGCCCCUGUUCCAAGAAAGAGUGAAACUGGCACCCAAGAAAGCGAGGCUUCUAUAUUACACAACGUUCAAGUCUUGUAUCAAGAUAGCGAAAUCUCCCUAUUCCCUCCCAAAGAAGAUGACCUAUCAGAAACAUAUUUCCUCGAGGAUGAAGCUUUGGCAGAUGAGCCUAUUGGAGAUUUGCUUAACGCCUGUCGGGUAGUCUUGGGAGACCAUAUGGGAACGGAAGAAGAGCUCUACAUGGAGAUAGAGUGCCUUGGGCUCCAUCUAACAGAGGCUGUCCAUCCCCCCAUAUCAUUGUCACAGAUAGUUCAAGUAUACCUUGACCUUUGCCGGAAUGAUGGAGAUACUAACCCUGGCCCUCUUUACAUAACUCUUGCUACGCAACCGUCCUUUACGCAGAACUUCAAUACUCUUUCGGAAGCAGCUCAGUCUGGCAAAGGGCUCUCAUAUGUUGGUAAAUGGGACGAGUACGAGGAUCAAAUAAUCUUUGAAGAGCAUGAGAACACAGAAAGUCAGAACGCAGAAGAACCAGAAACCACAGAGAAUGGCGAAAAAGACGAAGAAGCUGAAGCCUCAGCACAUGAACCAUCAACUCCCCAGAGCCGCCCAGAAGUCAACCAUGAGGAGGACAACAAAGAGGGGACUUAUGUCAAUGAAGGUAUUGAAAUUAAUGCAAAUGAAACAGAAUAUCAGGAAGCCCAACCGGUCCCUGCUGAAGCUACUGGAGAAGCCGAGGUCUCUGAUGCCGAAGCCAAUCAGACAGAGGAAGAAGAUGUUAUCCAUGAAUCCUUUCCUCCCGAUGAUGGCGCCCAACAGGAGGUGACAAGGCAGAACUUACCUGUUGAACAAGUCGAAGAACCAAGCUUUGAAAACGAGCAAGAAAACGCUCAAUCCCCAAUUCCCAACAAUGAAGGUGGAGAACCUUCAGUACCUCAUAUUUCUCAAGAUACUAACACUGAGCCCGCCCAUGAAAGUGUCACAGAUGCCCACGAGGAUUUCAUUGAGAUCGACCUAGAAGCAUUUGAUGAAGAAUCACAUAAAGAUGAUGACCAUGUGGAUGGUGGCUCUAGCCAUCGUUCCCAUGAACAGGCUGCCGAACCUAGCACUCCAGAACCAAGUUAUAACCCACUCGAGGUUGAUGAAGAUAUUUUCAAAAGUCCCACUGCUGCUGAAGUGGAGUUACCUAAUGAAUCUUGCGAAGAUCACAAAACUGAUCGGUUAGACGAGGUUGCCUAUCCAACUGAAACAUAUGAUGAGAACCAGAUAGAAACUAUUCUACCUGAAGGCCGGAACGACGAUGAAGACACAACUUCUGCGAUUCCUGUAGAAGAAGGCCAAGCCCAGGACUUUAACGCAAUAGAAGUUGUAGACUCUUCAACUGGAGAGACUCUAUCGAAGCCCAACGCCGAGUCUAAGGAGCCAGAGGUGAACGUUGAAGGUGUCACAUUUCCUGGCUCGGCAGAGUUGGAAGCUGACUGGCACCACGACGCUCCCGAGAACCGAGAUCUGGUUGACCCUGAAGAGGAACCCUACCAGACAGAGUUGCUGGAUGGAGAAUACCUGGAAGCCCACAAUGAGGCAGAAAAUACAGAAAUGGCAGCGUCAAAGCCAGAGCCUGAAUCCAACGGAACAGCUCAAAACGGCACAGAUUUGCAGGAGCAGAGUCCAAAGGCUGGCAAGAGGCCUCGUGUGGAUGAUGAGCCUACCAGCAUGCCAAACACAGUACCAGUGAUAAAGAAACCUCGCUCCGAAUGA